UCUUCCUUCCUCUAAAAGCUAAAGGUUCCUCAGUUUUGCUAAAAUUUCACACAUUGCAGCAAAAAAUUCUCUAAUUUUCCCAAUCAACAUGACUCAAGAUGGAACAAGAUGUGUCAUUGAAGGGGAUAGUGAAGAUAGAAUCAGUGGUUUACCAAGAAAUGUUAUCGAUCGUAUCCUUGAGCUCAUACCAGUUGAAGAUGCAGCAAGAACUAGUAUUUUGUCUCGAAACUGGAGAUAUAUUUGGGCAACAUUUCCAAAUCUGGUGCUGGAUGACCGCUUCCUUCAUAAUUUUAUAGGAAAGCUCCAAUUCAACUUCACAGAAGCGGUAGAUUGUAUUCUGUUAUUGCAUAUGGGGAACAUUGUGAAGUUUGUUCUUGACACUAGAGGAGUUUUUACUGCAAAUUCUUCAUAUGCAAUUAUCGAUAGAUGGAUUCUUUAUGUCACCAGAAAUGGAGUCAAGAUGCUAACCCUUCACAUUUCAAAUGAUGAUACCUAUACUCUGCCUUCUUCUAUUUUUAUUUGUUCAACCUUGACAUAUUUGAAACUCUCCAACUGUGUCUUCAGACCACCCAAUCCCUUUCUUGGUUUUCAGAAUCUUAUUACCCUUCGUCUGGAAGGGUCAACCUUUGUGCCAGCCACAUCAUUUUGUGUUAUCAAGGCUCCCCUUCUUGCCAGAUUGGAUUUGAUCUUGUGUCGUGGUACGCAAUACCUAAACAUUGUUUCACCAGGGCUGAAGUUCUUGUACAUUCAGGACAGUCACUCAUAUCUCGUGCUAGAUUGCUUUAUGAACUGCAAGAAUAUAAGACUGUUAAAACUUGAAUUUAACAGAGUGGUUGAUGAUCCAACAAAUGAUAAAAUAUCAACUUUGGAGAAGCUUCUUGUUAGCUCUCCUGCACUUGAGGUACUCCGUUUAGAUUCAUUCUUUGUUGAGCGUGCACGCAUUGUUCCGAAUGGGCAACCUUCUACACUCAACUGCUUGUGGCAUCUAUAUUUAGAUGUAGACUUCAGCAAAAUGGGUCAGAUUUCUAAUGUUCUGCAGUUAAUUAAGAGUUCCCCCAAUUUGAGGAAACUCCGUAUUUCGGUCCAUGCUACAAGUGACAAUGCUGAAGCAAUCUUGAAGUAUCUUGAUACGCCAUCCUGCCUGGAACAACCACUCGACAAGCUAGAGCACAUUUUCAUCAACUUUUUUAAGAGAUCAAAAACUGAACUGCUUUUUGUAAAGCUAUUGCUUUCUCGCACUCCAUCUCUUUUAAAGAUGUGCAUUGACCAGGUUGCAGACAUAGACGUUGAUAUUGCCUUAGAAUUGAUGCGUUUCGCCAGGGCUUCUCCGAGGGCAGAGCUAUUCUAUUCUCGGAUAACUCUGUGAUUUGAGUGUUGGAAGGCAGACUGAUGUUUAUCCGUUGUCAAUUAGUUUUGUUAAAACAAGGGAUGAAUUGGCAAAUUUUGUAAAAAAUGUGUGGUACCUUUGUGCAUAUGUUCUUCACUAGAUGUUUUUGAUGCUCAGCAUGCGUCGAUGUGUUUGAUAUGACUAGAUGUCUUUUGCUAUAUUUCUUUGUAUUCUACUUCUGAUUCAAGUUGCACUGGCUAUUGAGAAA